AAAUUAAGAUAUUUAUCACUUGUGUUUUUGCUUGUGCAACAUCUCUUCCCUUUUCCUGUUGGCUGACACUUCUGAAUGACUUUACAACAAUAUAAAAUAAGGUGUUCAUCAAAUGCUGCUAUACUGAGUACUGAUGAAACAUCAUACACAAAGUUUCUGCUGCACAGACACAUUCAGAAGAACACUUGAAAUAAAAUAAAAAAACGAAAGAAUGACCUUCGAUACAACUUCUCAAGUUUCCCGUCACGAUUUAACCUAUCAUGAGAAAACUACAUUGGACAUUGUCUUCUACAUCAUCAUUGUUCUCUUAGGCACCACUGGGAACUCUGUGGUCAUCUGGGUGGCCGGCGUCCGUAUGAAACCCAAUGUCACCAACACAUGGUUGCUUAACCUCGCUGUGGCUGACCUGAUCUUCUGCUUUACACGAGUGACCUCCCUCAUCAGUAUAUUGAUUGGCCACUGGCCCUUUGGAGUCUUUAUCUGCAAGUUUAAUGGCUUCUUCAAGUACACCAACAUGUUCUGCAGUGUUUUUCUUCUGGCUGUCAUCAGUGUGGAUCGAGUGAUCUGUGUGUGGUGCCCAGUGUUCGCUAGGAAGAAGCGUACCUUAUGUGCUGCUCGUGUGAUCAGUUUUGGGGUUUGGAUUGUGGCGUUGAUCUUCAGUUCACCAUACUUUGUGUACCGAGGGGUCUAUACUAGGAACAACCUGAGCCGCUGCUCACUAAAGGAAAAAGAAGCAGUUGGAGGAAGUUCAGCAAAGUAUGUUUACUACUACAUUCGCUUCUUUUGUGGAUUUGUGUUUCCUUUCCUUGUGAUCUUCAUCUGCUACACACUGGCUGCUGUUGGGAUUCGCAGAACGAGAUUCUCCGGCAAAUCAAGGCCUCUUCAGAUUCUUGCUUUAUUGGUUUUUGCAUUUUUCUUAUGCUGGGCACCUUAUCACAUCCUAGGUCUUGUUAAAUUGAGGAAUGAAAAACACCAGGCUGUGAAGUUAGGAUGGCGUAUGGCUUCAAACUUAGCGUAUUUUAACAGCUGUGUGAACCCAAUAUUAUACUUCUGCACGGGACUGAAUCUCAGACAACGCUGCAAUCAAAGCCUGUUAGGGAUUUUUUACAGAGCUCUUACUGAAGAAGGCCGAACGUUGUCCCAGGACACCACUAUGGAGGAACGUUCAAACUGUGUUUUAAAAGCUCCUGAUACAGUUCACCACACACAUGUAUGACUUGUCAGUUGGGGAACUGCCAACGCUCUGCAAACGCUAGUUUUUUGGGGUCGACAGCUUAUAAAAACUUAUUUACAGAUUAAACUUAAAAACAGAAUAAUACCUAAAAGGUGCUUUGUGACAAGGUGUACAUCUAACAAGCCAAAAAAAAAACAAAUACGUUUUUAUAAGCUGUCGACUUCAAAAAACGAGCGUUUAAAGACACAGAAAUGGAAACAGGCAACUUUUCAUAGUACUCCUAUUAGUAAAACUGCGUCCAAUAGGGGGAAACGUAAUCGGCGAUCCACUUUAUUCUCCUUAAAGACUGGGUUUUACGGCUCGACAGCUUACAAAAACUUAUUUCUGGGUUCUUUAGUUUGUUAGCUGUACAUAUUGUCACACAGCAGCUUUAAGGCAUUAUUCAGUUUUUUGUUAUAAGCCAGAAAUGACAAGGAGGCGGCCUCUUGCAAUACAAAGUCAAUGGAGACGGUUGGAUUGCUUUCCCCCCCGGUGGGCGUGGUUUUCAGGUUAUGACGCGCUGCGCUCUGUCAUGGCUCCAACAGCGUUACUUUACCCGUUACUUCAUAUAAGUAAUAUUAUGUUGUAAUGCAUGUUUCUUGUAAUGUGUUACCCCCAACACUGAUGACUGUAUGUCCUUUUAAGGAAGUCACCAUAUUUGCAACGCCUCCAGGUCCAGACCUGUUGAUUCUGCGCAUGCACAAAGUCCCUCUCCCAGAGGAUUCCAUUAUUUAACGAUUGACGAUUGGCUCUUUUAACUGGGAGGCGGGACAAGAGCGACCAUUCUGACUUUUGCAAUCUUCCCCAUUCAUAUCAAUAUCAGUGACACGUCUUGUUGAUAUUACAUUUCUUUGCUGUAUAUUGAGUGCAUAAUAAU